UCCGGUGACCUUCGAGGACGUGGCCGUGUACUUCUCAGAGGAAGAAUGGGCUCUGCUGGAUCCGGCCCAAAGGCACCUAUACAGCGAAGUCAUGGAGGAGAAUUACAGGAAUCUGGCCUCUCUGGAGAGAGAGAGCAAGAGAGAAGAAGAACAGACAAGGGAAACUGAAUUAAAUUACAAGUGGGGGGAAGAGUUCAUUGCUUCUGCAGGAGAGAGCUUCAGAAAAAAUAACCACCUUAUCGAACACCAAGGAAUUCACAUUGAUGAAAAACCUUAUAAAUGCACACAGUGUGGAAAGAGCAUCAUUUGGAAGGAGUACCUCAGUUUCCAUCAAAGAAACCACAUAGAGAAACCAUGUACAUAUGCAGAGUGUGGAUGUGGAAUCAAUUUCAUAUUUAGCGGACCGCCUGCUUCUCACCAAACAAUCGACAUAGGAGAGGAACCAUGUAAAUGUUCAGAGUGUGGGAAAAGGUUCAGCUGUAGCUCAAGUCUUACUUCCCAUCACAGAAUCCACACAGGGGAGAAACCAUAUAAAUGCUUAGAUUGUGGAAAGGGCUUCACUCAAAAUGGCCACCUUACUAUCCAUCAGAGAAUCCACACUGGGGAGAAACCAUAUAAAUGCUUAGAGUGUGGAAAGUGCUUCAGUCGGAAAGAGAACAUUACUAUCCAUCAAAGAAUCCACAAAGGGGAGAAACCAUAUAACUGCUUACAGUGUGGAAAGAGCUUCAGUAAGAAGUCUCACCUUACCAACCAUCAAAAUACCCAUGCAGACGAGAAACCAUAUAAAUGCUUAGAGUGUGGGAAGAGGUUCAGUCAGAAUGGCCACCUUACUAUCCAUCGAAGAAUCCACACGGGGGAGAAACCAUAUAAAUGCUUAGUGUGUGGGAAGAGGUUCCGUCGGAAGGAGUAUGUUACUGUACAUCAAAGAAUUCACAAAGGGGAAAAACCCUAUAAAUGCUUAGAAUGUGGAAAGAGCUUCACUAAGAAGUCUCACCUAACCGACCAUCAAAACACCCACACAGGGGAGAAACCAUAUAAAUGCUUAGAGUGUGGAAAGAGCUUCAGUAAGAAGUCCUACUUUACUGACCACCAAAACAGCCACAAAGGGGACAAACCAUAUAAAUGUUUGGAGUGUGGCAAGAGCUUUAUUAAGAAGUCCCGUCUUAAUUACCAUCAACAUACCCACACAGGGGAGAAACCGUAUCAUUGUUUGGAAUGUGGGAAGAGCUUCAGUCAGAAGGCGAACCUUAAUACCCAUCAAAGAACCCACACAGGGGAGAAACCAUAUAAAUGCCAAGAGUGUGGAAAGACCUUCAGUCAGAAGGGCCACCUGAGUGACCAUCAAAAUACCCACACAGGGGAGAAACCAUAUAAAUGCUUAGGGUGCGGAAAGAGCUUCAGUAAAAAGUCCCAUCUUACUGACCAUCAAAAUACCCACACAGGGGAGAAACCAUAUAAUUGCCCAGAGUGUCCAAAGAGCUUCUGCCAUAAGGCCAGCCUUACUACUCAUUUAAGAUUUCACAAAAGGGAUAAACCAUGUACAUGCUUACAGUGUGGAAAGAGUUUCAUUAACAAGCCCAACUUUACUAACCAUUCAAGUACCCAUACAGUGGAGAAACCAUAUAAAUGCUUAGAGUGUGGAAAGAGCUUCAGGAAGAAGUCCCAACUUACUAAUCAUUUUAGAAUCCACACAGGGGAGAAACCAUAUAAAUGCUUAGGGUGUGGAAAGAGCUUCAAUCAGCAGAGCAACCUUACUACACACCAAAGAAUCCACACAGGGGAGAAACCAUAUAAAUGUUCAGAGUGUGAAAAGAGCUUCAGUCGGAGCUCGAGCCUUAGUUCCCAUCAAAGAAUCCAUGCAGAGGAGAAACUUUAUAAUUGCUCAGAGUGUAGAUAGAGCUUCAGGCAUAUCUCAUGGCUUUCUUUGCUUUAAAGAAUCCACAUGGGACAAACCUGCCAAGAAAGCCAGCAAAGCAGACCUCAGAGGUAAAACCGUCCCCUGAAGGAGAGGAUGGUUCCUGUGGCAGUUAAUGAAGCUGUGUUGUGCCUCCAUUUAAAGAACACUUCCCUUGAUGCCUGUGAUAUUUAGGCUGUUCUGUUCUUCGAAAUGUGAUUGCCUUUGACCUCUCCUCUUCAGGUUUUCUGAAGCAUUACAGACUUUAGACCAGGGGUGGCCAAUCUACAUGCAGCUUUUUCACACAUAUUAUGCGGCUCCUGG